AUGGGAAUACUAUUGGAAGCUGCACAGCGAAACCUCGCAGAUGCACAGAGAUUGUCCGGAUUCCGGACAAAGUGCAUUCGUGGAUACGAGUCACGUAUUAUCGAUUUCGCCUGGGUGUCGCCGGGGAUCAAGAGAAGCACUCUCGAGAUAUGGCAGCGAGAGAUCAGUAGUAUUGCUGGCGCUCAAAGUCUUUUCUUUGACGAUAGCGAUGCCCACUUGACAACUGUUGCUGUCAACUUUGAUGAGGCUGAGCUGGCCCCACGCAUUGUUGAAUUUUUGAAGGAGAAAACAGAUGUUUGGUUUAAUGAAUGCACCAUUUCACAGCCAGCAAGUGAUACCUUGGCACACUUUACACUCCUGACGACUGGCAAACGCUUUUCAAUCAAUAUGAUGGGAUAA